UCCGGGAAAGAUGGCGGCCGCUGCGGUUUGAAUUCCAGCGGCGCCGCCGGAGUGCGAACAAGAGCUGGGUUGGAGGGGGCGGGGACCUGGGGAGCCGGGCGGGUCGCGAUCCCGCGGGGGAAGCAGUGGCGCCGUCGCUAGACACCAGCGGCACCACCUCCUCUGUGUCCACGAUGGACUCGGUGUUGGAAGAAGACGUCACCCUCCCCGGGACGCGUAGCGGCUGCAGUGGCCUUGCUCUCAAUGUGCCUGAUGACCCGGAAGGCGCCAGCCCUGAUCCUGGUUCGGGAAACGGUGUGCUCCCAAACGUGUCGGAAGAAAAGGUGUCUCCCACCAGAGCGCGGAACAUGAAGGACUUUGAAAACCAAAUCGCUGAACUGAAGAAAGAGAACUUUAACCUCAAGCUCCGCAUCUAUUUCCUCGAGGAGAGCCUGCAGCGGGAGCGUGGCGGCCGCUCGGAGCGCGCCUGCAAAACCAACAUCGAGCUCAAGGUGGAAGUAGAGAGCCUGAAGCGGGAGCUGCAAGAGAGAGAGCGGCUGCUCAUCCAAGCCUCCAAAGCAGUGGAGAGCCUUGCCGGAGGGGGCAGCUCUGAAGUUCAGCGGGUGAAGGAAGAUGCUCAGAAGAAGGUCCGCCAGGUCGAAGAUGUCCUAACCAAGAGGAUCCACCUCUUAGAAGAGGAUGUGAAAGCCGCCCAAGCAGAACUGGAAAAGGCCUUUGCUGGGACAGAAUCAGAGAAGGCUCUGCGACUGAGCUUGGAAAGCAAGCUUUCAGAGAUGAAGAAGAUGCGCGAGGGGAGCCUGGAGAUGGCUGCGGCCCUGGAAGGGAAGGACAGACUGAUUGAGGAGUUGAAGCUGUCUUUGAAGAGCAAAGACGCUUUAAUUCAGUGCCUUAAAGAGGAGAAAUCUCAGAUGGCAUCUCCUGAUGAAACCGUGUCAUCUGGAGAACUCCAAGGACUUUCUGCUGCUCUGAGGGGAGACGGGGAGGGCGAGGCUGAGGCUGCACAGAUGGAGCGGGAAAAGGAGAGAAAUCGCUUUGAAGAGAGGAUCCAGGCACUUCGGGAAGACCUGAGGGAGAAGGAAAGAGAAAUUGCUACGGAAAAGAAAAAUAGUUUAAAGAGGGAUAAAGCCAUUCAGGGUCUAACCAUGGCAUUAAAGGCGAAGGAAAAAGAGAUUGAAGAGCUUAACUCCGAGAUCGAAGUGCUCAGUGCUGCCUUUGCUAAAGCCAGAGAGGCCCCCCAGGAAGCGCAGACCCAGAAAUUCCAGGGGUCUGAAAAUUACGAGGCCGCUCUGUUAGAAAAGGCAGCUCUUUUGGCUGAGCUGCGCUCAGAAAACCUCAGCAAGAGCACAGAGAACCACAGACUGCGAAGGAGCAUUAAGAAGGUCACCCAGGAGCUGAGCAACCUGCAGCAGGAACGGGAGAGGCUGGAGAGGGCGCUGGAGGCAGCCCACCAAGAGAGGAGCAAGGGAGACCAGGAACGGGAGAGGCUGGAGAGGGCGCUGGAGGCAGCCCACCAAGAGAGGAGCAAGGGAGACCACACCCUCCACGACCUUAGAAAUGAAGUUGAGAAAUUACGCAAUGAAGUGAGUGAAAGAGAGAAAGCAGUGGAGAAUUGUUACAAGAGUCUGUUGAGUGAAAGCAAUAGAAAAUUGCAGAGUCAAGAGCAAGUGAUCAGAAGUCUCAGAGAAAGCGCCGCUCAGAAGGACUUGUUGCUUCAGAAAUUCACUGAAAGAGACUUGGAAGCAGUGCAGCGGAGCUGUGCCUCAGGGACGGCAGAGGACCCCGAGUUCAGGAGUGGAGGCGCAAUAGCAGAAGAGUGCUCUUCCCAGUCACCGGGCGGCAAAGGCGUCCUCUCAGAGGAAAAGCAACAGUUAAGCUAUGAAGAGCUGAUUCAGGUCGUGAAGAAAGAACGGGACAUCUACGCACACCUGGUAAAAUCUCUGCAGGACUCAGACAGCAUCAGCGCCCUGCAGGCUGAGUUGAGCAACGUCUUCGCCCUGCGGAAGCGGCUGGAGUGGGACGUGCUCUCGUACCAGCACCUGCGGACGGUCCUGGAGCAGCAGAUCAGCGAGACCCGGCGCCGGGAAGAAGAAACAUUUUCAUUUUAUAGUGAUCAAACAUCUUACCUGAGUAUUUGCCUUGAAGAACACAAUCGGCUUCAAGUGGAACAUUUUUCUCAAGAAGAGCUUAAGAAAAAGGUCGGCGACCUUAUCCAGCUGGUGAAGGAGCUGUAUGCGGACAACCAGCACCUGAAGAAAACCGUUUUUGAUCUUUCCUGCGUGGGUUUCCCAGGAGACAACAAGCCUGAGUCAGUAGAUCAAACAGAGCUUCUGGCUAGCAAGGAGGACGCGGACCUCACCGGAGCUGGAGAGGAGGGCGAGGAUGGUCUGCUGAGUGACGAGUGUCUGGAGCAGAGUCGCAAGACUGUGGCGGAUAGUUCCAAAGGGGGCUGCAAAAAUGGAUAUUUAAGGCACGCAGAUUCCAGUAUCUUAGACUACGGUGGAGCGCACACAUCCGGCGGCCCUGGAGACCAGGGUCUGGAGGAAGGCGAGCUCGUGAGCCUGCUUGCCCCACUCUUCGGCGAGAAGGCUGUGCGGUUCCUGGAAUCCAGAAACAGGCCAGACCUUCUGAAAGCGCUCUGGGAACGGCUUCUGGAACAGAUGUGCUUGACUGAGCAGGAGGCUAUGGAAGGACACCUUGGUACUAAAACGGAGAAGAUGCUGAGGCAGGCGGCCGUUCAGCUAAGAGGCCGUUCAGAAUUCGGACAUUUCAUCCAAGCCAGCUCGUCUCCCGUGCCUCCUGAUGAGCUGCAGUGGCCUCGGGGAGUCCAGCUGGUGCAGGGGGCUGAGGCGUCCAAAGCAGAGCAGAAAGAUGCCUCCGUGCAGACCUCGGCCAUGGAGGGCGACACGCUCAGAUCCGGACACGAGGGCCCGAGAGAGGCUUGGGAGGAGCAACCAGCAGACGCCGAGUUCAGGGCUGGACGUCGGCUGGAGGAGCCCUGCAGGAUGCUGGGGCGGCAGGCCACCGCCCCCGCCUUCCCCAGGAGGACCGAGAAAGAUGCAAAGAAGUCACGCCUGCCCGUCCUGAUAAAGCCAUCACAAUCGCUGGGAAGCGCGUGCCGGCUCCCUGCCUCCCAGGAGGCGGUGGCCCACCUGCAGGCCCAGGUCCUGAAGCUGCAGGGGGAGCUGAAGGAGCUGAAAAUCCACAACAAGCAGCUUCACCAGAAGUUAAUUCUGGCGGAAGCAAUGACAGAGGGGCGGCCGGCGCCAGAGGAAGCGCUCCCAAAAGGCUCUGAAGUUUACCAGCCAGAUGACCCUGCCAUCUUGCCACCAGGCGACGAGGACCCCUCUGAAGACUUCCCAGCUACACACUUGAAUUCCAACAGUCAGUUUUCCACUAAAAUCAGUGUGGUUGGGACUGACCCGCUGGAGAGCACUGAUACCUCCAACGAUAAAGAAAACUUAGAACGAAAAAUCUGUGACCUGGAAACGGAGCUCGAGGGCUACCGGAGCUUCAUCCUGCAGCUGCAGAGGCACUCCCGGUUCAGCGAGGCCGUCAUCACGGUCUUGUGUGGGACGGAAGGGGCCCAGGACGGCUUGAGCAAGUCCAAGGGCAGUGCCGACGAGGAAGAAAUGACCUUCUCGAGUUUGCGCCAGGUCCGUUAUGUGAAACACAUGAAGAUCCUCCACCCGCUGGCGCCAAAGAUGAUGGACGGCGGGCGGCUGGAGAGCCUUGGACAGCAGCUGGUGGGCCAGGAGUGUGAGCUGCAGCAGGAGCAGAAUUUGAACGUGGAGCUUUUCGGUGGAAUCCAUAACCUGCAGAAUAAGAUCAGAGACCUCUCGUCCUCCAGGUACGAUUCGUUAGUUCAGGCCCAAGCCAGGGAACUCUCCCUCCAACGACAGCAGAUAAAGGACAGCCACAGCAUCUGCGUCGUCUACCGCCAGCAUGUGAGCACCAUGAUCAAGGCGUUUGAGGAGCUGCUGCAGGCCAGCGACGUGGACCAGUGCGUGGCCGAGGGCUUCCAGGAGCAGCUGCACCAGUGCGCGGCGCUGCUGGAGCAGCUGGAGAAGCUGUUUCUCAAGGGAGAUUCAGCUGAGGUGGAAAUGAAAACCCAGAGAGAAGCGAGAGAGAGGACUGAAGAAGACAGCUUCACACACCAGCACGCCCUCCCCGAGUCUCCCGCGCCCUCGGCCUGUCGCGCGGCGUCCGACUGCGGACUAUCCGAGAAGUCCUGCUCCUCAGAAGACCAGAAGCAAGACAGCGAGGCCGAGAAGGCGUCGGGCCUGGCAAACAACUUUUCACAAGACUUACUGAUGGAACAUAUACAAGAAAUUCGAAGUUUGAGAAAACGUUUAGAGGAAUCUAUUAAAACGAAUGAAAAGCUACGGAAACAGCUGGAACGACAAGGGGCUGAACGUGACCAAGGUUCUUCAAACGUUUUGGCUUAUGGUCCAGAGGUCCAUAAUUCUCUGACAUCAGAAGUACGUUUCCUGAGGAAGCAGAACCAGGCCCUCAACACGAUGCUCGCUAAAGGAUCCAGAGAUAAACAGAAGGAGAACGAGAAGUUGCGCGAGGCCCUCUCCAGGAAGGCCGCCAGCCUGGAGCAUCUCCAGCGGGAGCUGGCCGCUGUGCGGGCGGAGAAGGAGCGGCUGCAGACAGAGGCAGACGGGAAGGAGAGUCAGAACCAGCGGCUGCUUCAGGAGGCCUGCCACGGCCGCUGGGCGCUGAGCAGGCUGCAGGAGGAGUCGGCCUUGAGGCAGCAGCUGCUCUUGCAGAGCGACAAGCUACUGAGGGCCCUGCGGGCGGAGCUGAAGGUGUAUGAGAAGCUGGACCGAGAGCAGCGGAGGCCGCAAGAGGCCGGUGUGGAGGCGUCGAGAGAAGGCUGGAGGGGCCAGGACCUCCUGGGCCACCUGCACGGCCUCCUGGCCGAGGUCCAGGCUCUGCAGGUGUUGCUGGAGAAAAGCAUCAAGACCAAUAUGACGCUGCAGAGCUGGUUGGAGGAGCGGCUGGUGCAGGAUGGGGAGAAGGCCCGGGAAGCCGCUCUCGAGUUGGCCCUGCAGGCCCUGUCUGCCCCUGAGCAGCCCCUGCCGCUGGACGAGCCUGACGGUGGCAAGUGUCCCAUGGCAACUGACAAUUCAUGUGAUCUGUUUGAUCCUACCCCGGAAAUGCCCCCAAGAUCAGCUUCAGAGAUGCCUCCGCUCUCCAGCAAUGACAUGGACACCCUCUCCUGUGACAGCGGCAGCUCCGUCGUCAGCACCUCCUGCGUGUCCUCCCUGGUCCCCAGCCACCACCUCUGGGUCAGCAAGAGCGGCCGUCACGUGCUGGGCCUGGCCGAGGACUAUGAUGCGCUGUGUGAGCAGAUUGGCCAGGGCCAGACUCUCCUCGCUGAGAUGGACCUUCAAAUCCGAGAGGCUCCUGGCCCCAUCAGUCAGGAGCUGGUAACCAAGGGUCCACACGAGGCACCCCCGAGCAGCUUUGUCACCGGCGUGAGCACCGCCAGGCGGAUGCUGGACGAGGCCGCAAGGUUGCUGGCGUGUUUCUGGAAGGUCUCGCCGCCCACCGACAGCCAGUGCACGCUCCACUGCGAACAGACGGGAGAACUGAAGGCAGAGAUCAGCAAACUCCACAAAAAACUGUUUGAACAAGAAAAGAAGUUGCAGAGCACCCUGAAGCUGUUGCAGCUGAGCAAGAACCAGGAGAGGGUCAUCUUUGACCAGUUGGUUGUGACACACAAGGUCCUUCGGAAGGCCAGAGGGAACCUGGAGCUCAGGCCCGGGAGUGCCCACCCUGGAACGUCCAGUCCCAGCCGACCAGGCUCCUGAGGAGAACUUUGAGCCAAUAAAGCCUGGGGUUCCCACUCA